UUUUGUUUUAGGUGUGUGUCUUAUAAGCAGUAUUUGGCAGAAUUUUAAGCCAAUCUGAGAGUCUCUGUGUUUUAGUAGAAAUUUCAAGCAUUAUUUUUGACAACUGCACACUGCUGAAUGUUCAGUUGGUGAAAUUGAAGGUCUUUCACUCAGAAGAAAUAAAUCAAGAAGAAGAACCUGCAGCUGGCGUGCUUCCGAGCUGCUGUGGAUGGCUCUGGCUCUCUUCACUGCCCUCCUGAGUAGGAUGUCACUGAGAUCCCUCAAAUGGAGCCUCCUGCUGCUGUCGCUCCUGAGUUUCCUUGUGAUGUGGUACCUCAGCCUCCCCCAGUACAAUGUGAUCGAGCGUGUAAACUGGAUGUACUUCUACGAGUAUGAGCCAAUUUACAGACAAGAGUUCCGCUUCACGCUUCGAGAGCAUUCCAACUGCUCUCAUCAAAACCCAUUUCUGGUCAUCCUGGUGACCUCGCACCCCUCAGAUGUGAAAGCCAGACAGGCCAUUAGAGUUACUUGGGGUGAAAAAAAGUCUUGGUGGGGAUAUGAGGUUCUUACAUUUUUCUUAUUAGGCCAGCAGGCUGAAAGGGAAGACAAAAUGCUAGCUUUGUCCUUAGAGGAUGAGCACCUUCUUUAUGGCGACCUAAUACGACAAGAUUUUUUAGACACGUAUAAUAACCUGACCUUGAAAACCAUUAUGGCAUUUAGGUGGGUAACCGAGUUUUGCCCCAAUGCCAAGUACGUCAUGAAGACAGACACUGAUGUUUUCAUCAAUACUGGCAAUUUAGUGAAGUAUCUUUUAAACUUAAACCACUCAGAGAAGUUUUUCACAGGUUAUCCUCUAAUUGAUAAUUAUUCCUAUAGAGGAUUUUACCAAAAACCCCAUAUUUCAUACCAGGAGUAUCCUUUCAAGGUGUUCCCCCCCUACUGCAGUGGGUUGGGCUAUGUAAUGUCCAGAGAUUUGGUGCCAAGGAUCUAUGAAAUGAUGGGUCACGUAAAACCCAUCAAGUUUGAAGAUGUUUAUGUUGGGAUCUGUUUGAAUUUAUUAAAAGUGGACAUUCAUAUUCCAGAAGACACAAAUCUUUUCUUUUUAUAUAGAAUUCAUUUGGAUGUCUGUCAGCUAAGACGUGUGAUUGCAGCCCAUGGUUUUUCUUCCAAGGAAAUCAUCACGUUUUGGCAGGUUAUGCUAAGGAACACAACAUGCCAUUAUUAACUUCACAUUCUACCCAAAGCCUAGAGAAGGACGUGAUACACUGAGGAAGGUGUUAGAGUCAGUGCUGUGGAAAGCUCACGGGAAGGUCAGUGUGCUGGCUUGCACUGAACUGAAACUCACGAGGAACCCGUAGACUGCAGGCUGGAGCCUUGCACUUGUGAUUUAUUUUGACAAAAAAUCAAGUCAGGCCCUUUAAACGUGGUAUUUAGAGGAAUUAAAUAUCUUAUAAAGGAAUUGGAGGUUUUUGCUAAUAAAAUUAAUAGGACCAAACAAUUCGAACAUGUCAUCCUGUAGACAGAAUUUCUUAAAAGGGUUUCACUGAAUUAUAAGCUCAUUAGUUCAUAACAGCAAGAUAGUGUGGAGUUUUAUUUAUUGAACAAUCUAGUUAUUUAAUGGUUUUGUGUAUAUUUUACAUGGAUUACCAGUUUUAAAAAAUACAUAGUUCUGUGUGAAAAACAACUUUACUGAAGUUAUGCCGAACAAAAUUUCAUCUGUUUUUGGUCAUUCAAAAGGUACUUCAAGAUGUUGCAGUAUUGUAGAGUUAUCAGUUAUUAUUUAAUAUUACUUCAGACUUUCUGGGUGUUUAGAUGUUAUGGUGGUUUUGAUACUGUAUAAAUAGAAUAGUGAAUCACCCUUUACAUUGGAACUUUUUUCCAGUUACUUCACCGUUCAGUUUAUUAUUGAUAGCCACAUUAAUGUAAAGUCAUAGACGAUUAUUGCAUAUCAGUAAUCUCUUGGACUUGAUAUUUUACUGUGGUAAUGUAGAGAAAAAUUGAAGUAAGAAAAUCUGAACUGUUUUGCUUUGAAAAAAACAGUCCCCAGUGUUUUUAAAUGUCACUUCAUCUGUCUCUUUUUCCAUCUGGAAAUUAGGAAUAAUAUAGAAUGCCAGGCAGUAUUAUUAUUUUUUUUUAAAGGACUCUGAAGGCAAAAAAGAAGGGCCAGAAUACUAGGAAGAGAGUGUCAUAUUCCAGUAUUUGAGUUGGAAGGGGAAGACUGAAGACCCAGUUGCAUUACUAAUCUGCCUCCUAUGUUUCCUCAUUAGCAGUUUGUGAAUAAAGAGGAAAAAAAGAAAAA